GCGAGGUGUCUUCCAUCUUAGUAGAAGGGAGGUGUAACCAUGGGCAGCCGCGGGGAAUACGGCUGCUCCGUGGACGAGCUGCGGACUUUGAUGGAAUAUCGUGGGGCAGAAGCUCGAGAAAAAUUGGAUACUGAAUAUGACGGUGUCGAAGGAUUAUGUAGGAAGUUGAAGACCGAUCCAAAUAAUGGGCUGCCUCAGGAUAAGGAUGAACUUGAUAGGAGGCGAGUAGUAUUUGGUGCGAACGAAAUACCGCCACAUCCGCCGAAAUCGUUUCUGCAGCUUGUUUGGGAAGCGCUUCAGGAUGUGACUUUGAUUAUUCUGCUUGUGAGCGCCAUAGUAUCCCUUGCGUUAUCGUUUUAUCGGCCACCCGAUGAUGGUUUAGGAGCAGGCUCUGAUGAUUCGGAACAUGAAGCUGGUUGGAUCGAAGGAGUUGCAAUCUUAAUUUCAGUUGUAGUUGUUGUCCUCGUAACAGCUCUCAAUGAUUAUACGAAAGAGCGUCAAUUUAGAGGCCUUCAAGCGAAAAUAGAAACUGAGCAUAAAUUUGCUGUCAUCCGUGGUGGGAAUCAAAUACAAAUCGUCGUUAAUGAAUUGGUUGUCGGAGACAUCGCUCAAAUUAAAUAUGGCGAUUUACUUCCUGCCGAUGGCAUCCUUGUGCAGAGUAACGAUUUAAAGAUUGACGAGUCCUCAUUAACGGGUGAAUCGGACCAGAUUCGUAAAAGUCCUGAAUUGGAUCCCAUGCUUCUGUCUGGUACGCAUGUGAUGGAGGGAAGUGGAAAAAUGGUUGUUACGGCAGUGGGUGUUAACUCGCAGACAGGAAUCAUCAUGACUCUUCUUGGUGCAGCCAAAGAUGUCGUGGAAGAAGAACGUAAAGCUGCGAAGCGUGAAGGCGAUGCAGUAGCAAGUGCGGGAGUUGAAGACGGAACUGCACAAGCUCUUCUGACUGAUCAUGUGAAGGCAAGCGGUUUAACAGAGGGAAGUAAUGGUGAUUUGGGUAAUGAGGCUAUAAAAGAUGAAGUUGAAAGCAAAAAAGAACGGUCCGUUUUACAAGCUAAACUCACACGUCUCGCCAUUCAAAUCGGUUACGCAGGAUCGUUUGUGGCUGGCUGUACUGUUCUCAUUCUUGUUACACGGUUUUGCAUUAGUCGUUACAUGAUUGAGGAGAAGGCAUUUAGUUUGGCAGACUUCCAGCAUUUCAUUAAUUUCUUGAUUAUUGGCGUAACUGUUCUUGUUGUUGCCGUUCCAGAAGGCCUUCCUCUUGCUGUCACUCUUUCUCUCGCAUAUUCUGUCAAAAAGAUGAUGUUGGAUAAUAAUCUUGUUCGCCAUUUGGAUGCUUGUGAAACAAUGGGUAAUGCAACAAGCAUAUGCUCAGACAAGACGGGUACCUUAACAACUAAUCGAAUGACCGUUGUGCAAAGCUACAUCAACGAAAUUCAUUAUAAGGAGACACCAAAGUUCGAGUCAUUGAAUAAGGAAACACGAGAUUUAUUAGUAAAUUUAAUAUCGAUCAACAGUAGUUAUGCAUCUCAGGUUGUACCUGCAAAAAAUCCCGGUGAACAACUCACACAAUUAGGUAAUAAAACUGAAUGCGGUCUUCUGGGAUUUGUCCUUGCAUUAGGACAAAGCUAUCAAGCAAUUCGAGACAAAUAUCCUGAAGAGAAGAUUUUCAAAGUUUAUACAUUCAAUUCUGUUCGUAAAUCAAUGUCUACUGUUAUCGAAUUGAGGGAUGGCAACCUUCUUACUGGUUAUCGGGUAUUCAGUAAAGGAGCAUCUGAAAUAAUUUUGAAGAAAUGUAGAUGGUUUAUCGCUAAAGAUGGCACUCCGAAAAAAUUUUCACAGAAAGACUGUGAUCGUCUUGUCAGUAAUGUUAUUGAGCCAAUGGCUUCAGACGGUUUACGUACCAUAUGUCUUGCAUACAAAGAUUAUGUUACAAGAAGUGAUAACAUACAAGAAAAUCAGAUUCAUGCUACAAAAGAAAUUGACUGGGACAAUGAAGAUGCUGUUAUCAAUGAUUUGACUGCCAUAGCUAUUGUAGGAAUUCAAGAUCCAGUCAGACCAGAAGUGCCGGAGGCAAUAGCGAAAUGUCAACGUGCUGGCAUAACUGUACGCAUGGUGACAGGCGAUAACAUCAAUACUGCUCGAUCAAUUGCUACAAAUUGUGGAAUUUUACGUCCUGGUGAAGAUUUCAUCGCUUUGGAAGGCAAAGAUUUCAAUGCACGAAUUCGAAAUGAAAAAGGCGAAGUAUCACAAGAGAAGUUGGACACAAUAUGGCCUAAAUUACGUGUUCUUGCUCGAGCGCAGCCAUCCGACAAAUACACACUCGUUAAGGGCAUUAUUGAUAGUCGCAUUACGGAUAGUAGGGAAGUGGUAGCUGUAACGGGAGAUGGCACAAAUGAUGGACCAGCACUGAAAAAGGCAGAUGUUGGCUUUGCUAUGGGUAUCGCUGGUACAGAUGUCGCGAAGGAAGCAUCCGAUAUUAUAUUGACAGAUGAUAACUUCACUUCCAUUGUCAAGGCAGUUAUGUGGGGACGGAAUGUUUACGAUUCAAUAGCGAAAUUUUUGCAGUUCCAGCUUACUGUGAACGUGGUCGCUGUUGUUGUUGCAUUCGUUGGUGCAUGUGCCAUUCAAGAUACUCCAUUAAAAGCAGUACAGAUGCUUUGGGUAAAUCUUAUCAUGGAUACUCUAGCAUCAUUAGCUUUAGCCACCGAAAUGCCAACGGAAGAUCUGUUAAAACGAAAGCCAUAUGGACGCACCAGUCCUCUCAUAUCCCGUACAAUGAGCAAGAAUAUCUUAGGUCAUGCAUUUUAUCAGUUAAUCAUCCUGUUCGGCCUCAUUUUUGCAGGAGAACGUUUUUUCGAAAUUGAGAGUGGCAGGUGGGCACCUUUGCACUCACCUCCGACCGAACAUUUUACUAUUGUUUUCAACACCUUUGUUAUGAUGACACUUUUCAAUGAAAUCAAUGCACGGAAAAUUCAUGGCGAAAGGAAUAUUUUCACAGGCUUGUUUUCAAAUCCCAUCUAUUAUAUUAUUUGGAUUGCUACAAUGAUUGCACAAAUAUUUAUUGUGCAAUUUGGCGGACGUUGGUUUUCAACAGCUGCAUUAAAUUUGGAACAGUGGUUAUGGUGCUUAGCAUUCGGCGUUGGUGUGCUAUUAUGGGGCCAAGUAGUAACAACAAUACCAACUUCUGGUUUGCCGAAAAAUAUGGCAAUAGGUGGUGGUGAUGUGACAUCAACAGAAAAUAUCUUAAGUGGCGAAUAUGAAGACCCUGCAACACAUGAGAAACGUUCUGGACAAAUUCUAUGGAUCAGAGGAUUGACACGACUUCAAACACAGAUUCGUGUGGUUAAAGCCUUCCAAGCAGGUUUGGAUCGUCGAGAGCCAUCGCUUAGUGGUCCAAGCGCUGCUCGUUUACGUGAGAUUAGCCGACAAUUGAAAUUACAAGUGGAACAGGAAGGAAAAGGUAUUGCGUCACGAUCUGGUUCACGACAAUUGAAACAAAUGGAAGCGAUGUCAUCGGUGUAG